AAUGGGUUGUUUUGAGUUUUUUUUUCCUUUUUUUUUUGGUUUGAAUAAGAUUAAUAUUAUUAUUAUUAAGGAAAGAGUAUUGGUAAAAGUGAAUGGAAGAUAAAGAUUUGGUUUUUAUUAGUUCUUCAAAGAUUCCAUCCGUUUCCGGUCCACCACCAUUCCCCCAAACACCCCUUUUUUUUCUCCCUUCUUUUGUUCUUGUCUGAAUUUCUUUUCUCUCUUCUUUUUAUUUAUUUAUUUAUCAUCUCUUCUUUUUUAUUUUAUUUUCUUUUUCUUUCUCAGACAACAACCAAAACAAAAUAAAAACAAAAAAACAAGCUCACCCACACCCACACACUCAGACACCAUUCCAUUCUUCUCUUCUAACCUCAAUCAUGAUUCUUCAUACUGUAUACUAAGAAUUUCUCAAAGCAAGAAAAUUGGGGUUGAGUUACUUCUCUGCUAUAUGCUCAAUCUCAUCACCACCACCAUCAUCAUCAUCAUCAUCAGCUCCUUUGACUCUCCCCACUCAGGAAUAAGAAUUUGAUUGUGGUCCGCCGGUGGGAGCCAAAAAGAAAGGAGUUUGAUUUUCAUGGCAGGCUUAGAUGACAAUGUGGCUAUAAUUGGAGAUUGGGUACCUCCUAGCCCCAGCUCAAGAGCUUUCUUCUCUGCUAUGUUAGGUGAAGAUAUUGGGUCUAGGCAAUUCUCAGGCACAGCACCUAACAGGACAGAAGAUCUAUUUCCAGGACCUCGGGAACCAAACAACAACAACAACAACAACAAUUUCAAAGAAUUGAGGGAAAUGGGAUCAUUUUCUGAACAAAAAUCAAACUCGCGUGGGGGACUUGUGGAAAGAAUUGCAGCUAGAGCUGGCUUUAAUGCUCCCAGACUCAACACUGAGAGCAUGAGAUCUUCUUCAGACCUUUCACUGGCUGCUUCUGAGUCCCGAUCUCCUUAUCUGACCAUACCACCUGGUCUCAGUCCAACUACACUUCUGGACUCUCCUGUUUUCCUUUCAAAUUCUUUGGCACAGCCAUCUCCAACCACUGGAAAAUUCUCAUUUGCUUCUUCUAAUGGCAACACCAGGAGCUCAACAUUGAUUAUGGAGGCCUCAGAUAAGACUAGAGAUAAUUUCUUUGAGGACAUAAAUGCUGCUUCUUUUGCUUUCAAGCCAGUCCCUAACUCGGGCUCCUCAUUCUUUCUUGGCGCAGCAACCAAAAUGACUUCAGCUGCCAUGCCUCCUCAUCCAUCUUUUCCCAGUAUUGAGGUGUCGGUUCAGUCUGAAAGCUCUCCUCCAAGUCUGGGACCAACAGGAGGAGGUGAGAACAAGCACCCCCUUGAGAAAGAUUCAAGUAGUGAUCAAAAGGGUGCAGAGCUUUCUCCACCACUGGAGGAGCAAGGAGAGGAAGAAGGAGAUCAAAAGGGAAGUGGAGAUUGCUCAGCAGGAGCCGGUGGUGGGGGCACAACAUCAGAAGAUGGAUACAACUGGAGAAAAUAUGGGCAGAAACAAGUAAAGGGUAGUGAGUAUCCACGAAGUUAUUACAAAUGCACGCAUCCAAACUGUCAGGUGAAGAAAAAGGUGGAAAGAUCUCAUGAGGGCCAUAUUACCGAGAUUAUCUAUAAGGGGGCCCAUAACCAUGCCAAGCCUUCCCAUAGAAGGUCAGGGAUUGGAUCAUCCAACCCACUGGCCGACAUGAGAAUGGACAUUCCUGAGCAAGCUGGGCUGCAUAGUGGUAAUGGUGGUGGUGGUGGUGGUGGUGAUGGUGACCCAGUUUGGGCAAGUACACAAAAGGGUACUGUUGUUGAUUGGAGGCAUGACAACCUCGAGGUGACCUCAUCUGCAUCAGUGGGACCCGAGUACUGUAACCAGUCCACCUCUUUGCAGGCUCAAAAUGGUACUCAGCUCGAAUCAGUUGAUGCAGUUGACGCCUCAUCCACUUUCUCUAAUGAUGAAGAUGAGGAUGACAGGGGGACACAUGGCAGUGCUUCAUUGGGUUAUGAGGGUGAAGAAGAUGAAUCUGAGUCGAAAAGAAGGAAACUAGAAGCCUUUGCAACAGAAAUGAGUGGAGCCACCAGAGCUAUUCGAGAGCCAAGGGUUGUGGUCCAGACCACCAGUGAAGUUGAUAUCCUUGAUGAUGGAUAUCGCUGGCGCAAGUACGGGCAGAAAGUAGUGAAAGGAAAUCCAAACCCCAGAAGUUACUACAAGUGCACCAAUGCUGGCUGCACAGUGAGGAAGCAUGUGGAGAGGGCAUCCCAUGAUCUCAAGUCAGUGAUCACCACAUAUGAGGGAAAGCACAAUCAUGAUGUUCCUGCUGCUCGGAAUAGCAGCCAUGUCAACUCUGGGCCCUCCAUGCAAAUGCAUGGUUCGGCUUCUGCAGCCAUGCAAUCCCAUGUUCACCGGCCUGAGCCAUCAUCACAACAACUUCACAACAGCAUGGGAAGAUUUGAAAGGCCUGCUGCUGCAGCUGCAGCGCUGAGUUCAUAUGGUCUACCGGGUGGUGCAUCAAGGCAGCAGUUGGGCAGCUUCUCAUUCGGAAUGAACCAAGCAGGUUUGGCCAAUCUGGCAAUGGCUGGGUUGGGCUCCAUGCCACCCAAACUUCAGGGUAUGCCCAUGAAUCCUUACUUGGCGCAACAGCAAAGGCAGGUGAAUGAAAUGGGUUUCAUGUUGCCAAAAGGAGAGCCCAAGGCAGAGCCAAUCUCAGAGUCUGGCUCUGGUCUGAACCUGUCCAAUGGUUCAGUGUAUCAGCAAUUUAUGAGUAGGCUUCCUCUUGGACCUCAAAUGUAAAUCAAACCUUUGCCCCUCCCUCCCUCCCUCCCUAUCUUUUUUUUUUUUUUUUUUUUUUUUGAGGAACGUAGAGGUAUUUUCACUGUUGUUACUUACAAAGAAUAUAAUAUAUAACUUUAUAAUGCAAUGUAAUGUCAUGGGAAAUUUUAUCAAAACAAUCUUCACAUCA